UGCAACGCAUGCCGCUCGCGAAAGAUCAAAUGCGAUCGUCGGCGUCCAAGCUGUACUUUUUGCAUCAAAAACGCCUUUCGUUGCGAAUACAUCAAACGCGACAGAACUCCUGGACUCCGGGCCGGCUACGUCAGCCAGCUGGAACAGCGCAUC